AACGGCACCACCGCCGCCGCCGCCGUCAUAUUUACGCGGCCGCGCCGGAUAUCCUGUACCAGCAUCAGCCACACACCGCUCUAUUCGCUUCUUGGCCCUGGCCACGGUCAAACUACCAUUGCGCCGCCACUGCCACCGACGCACACCGUACACACGCUCAUCCGCGCGCCGCCGCCGCCGUCGCAAGUUAACGAUAAACACAUUCCCGCGACAUUUCCCCUGACCUGCAGAGUUCUACGUACUAUUCCGGAGUUGGUGCCAUCGCAAUAUGAUUUGACGUACUCAGAUAAUGGGAACAGGAGAUCGAUUAUUGGAUAUCCCGUGCAAAGUUUGUGGGGAUAGAAGUUCUGGCAAACAUUACGGUAUUUACAGCUGUGACGGUUGUUCCGGGUUUUUCAAAAGGAGCAUCCACCGGAACCGGGUGUACACGUGCAAGGCACAAGGCGAACUCAAAGGCAGGUGCCCCAUUGACAAGACCCACAGAAACCAGUGUAGGGCUUGUCGACUCAACAAGUGUUUUCAGUCGGCGAUGAACAAGGACGCGGUUCAACACGAACGAGGACCACGCAAACCAAAGUUGCACCAUCACCACCACCAUCACCAUCACCACCCGAUGAAGGACUCGCCGCAGCCCGCCGCCAACCACCAGCGGCAACCCGGCCAAAUCCAGUUGAACGCUGACCAUAACAUGAUUCAAAAGACGUCUUCGUCGGCAUACCCGAAAACGCCGAUGGACACGACCCUGCCGCCCUUGCCGCCGGCACCGCCAUCGCAGCAACACCACCACCAUCAUCAGCAACAGCAACAGCAGCCGCCACCACCUCCUCCACAACAGCAGCCACCACCACCGCCCACGCUUCUGCCUCCCACGCCGCCGCAAGGACAUGUGUUCUUGGGACAACAACAGCCGCCACCGCCGCCUGGGCUCUUACAGAUACUCAUGUCGGCCGAGAAAUGUCAGGAAUUAAUAUGGAGUGCAAAGAUGUCAGAAGCCUCAUCACCUAUUGGCAUACCGCAACCAACCAGUCCUCAGAGUUCACUCUCGUUGUCGUUGUCGCCGACUUGGGAAGUCUUACAGGAAACCACAGCUCGAUUACUGUUCAUGGCAGUUAGAUGGGUCCGAUGCUUGGCUCCGUUUCAGACUCUCUCCAAACACGACCAGUUGCUACUACUUCAAGAAUCGUGGAAAGAACUGUUUCUGUUACACUUGGCCCAGUGGUCCAUUCCUUGGGACUUAUCACCACUGUUGAAUUCUGACAAGGCUCGCGAAAGGCUACCAGCCGAUGACACAAAAGUCAACAACGAGAUGAAAAUCAUACAAGAGAUAUUGGCACGUUUUCGACAACUUUCGCCGGAUGGUAGUGAGUGCGGUUGCAUGAAAGCUGUUAUUCUGUUCACACCAGAAACUCCAGGCUUGAUCGAUGCACAGCCGGUGGAAAUGCUUCAAGACCAGGCUCAGUGCAUAUUGGGUGAUUACGUGCGCGGCCGGUACUCGAGACAGCCUACUCGAUUUGGACGGCUGUUGCUCAUGUUGCCCAAUCUCCGGGCAGUCCGGCAGGCAACCAUUGAGAGGCUGUUCUUCAAGGAGACCAUUGGCGACAUACCCAUACAAAGACUACUCGGCGACAUGUAUCACAUGGAAAAGUCAUACGCGUAGUGAACCAAACUUAAUAUAAAUUUGUAUAUAAUAUUUAUGUGUAAUAUGUAAUUAAGUAAAACUUUCAUAUACAACUAUAACUAAAACUUCCAUUUGGAAAAUUUUCUGUUGAUAAAAUAAUAUGUUUUUAAAACCAAACCAUAAAACAAAAUUAAUUUAAUUUUUUUUUUGUUACCCAUGAGACUUUGACGACUUUGUAGUAUGGAAGUUUCACUAUAUUAUGUAUUGCAUUAGUGCGUUAAGUUUCUCUCUACCUAUAUAAUAUUAUAACAUAUAGUAGCAUAUAAUGUAGUUAUAAUAUUAUAUUCCUGCAAGUCUAUAAAUGAACCUAUAUAUUAUAAUUAUAUAGCGCUACUUUAUAGAAAUACUUUGUAAAUUAUAAUCGUUCUUACUUUAUAUAGGUACUUACACAUUUAAAUUUAUUGGACAUAAUAUAUAUACAUAGCCAUGUAAUGCAAUGUAUAUUGCAUUACAUAGCUAUUGGCUGUGUACUGUGAAAGAACAUAGCUGGGGAGAAUCAAACUCACAAAUUAUAUUGUUAUAAGUAAUUUUGAGUUUUAUUUUUCUGCAUUUCUAAAAUCCAUUAAUUAAAUAAUGAAAACACCGCAAUGUCGCAAUGACUUAUAAAUGAUUUAUUAGUUUAACGUAAUUAUGAGUUAAUAUAGAUAUUAAUAUGUCAUGUGGAAUACUGUAAAAUACCUACAUCGUAAUUUGUAAUACGAUAGAUACCAUGGUAUACCAGUUAUAUUAGCAAUCGACAUUGAAAAUACCAUAAUUGUAUCAAAAUCUACUGAAAUAUAAUAAAUACAUUAGUAUUUAUUAUACUAGAUAUUAAUCUAGGUACCAAUAAUCACUUAAAAAUAAUUAAAUGCGAACGUAUGAUAAAAAUGUAAUAUAUAUACCGAUAACAAAUAACCUUUUAAAAAAGCACGGGGCAUCUUAUUUUCUUUCAAAACACAAAUAGGUACCUACUUAACAUUUUUUAAUUGAGUUGAAAUCAAAAGCAUAUUUUACUAUAUUUUGCAUAUUUUUAAAAAAUAUUCUUACACCGGUAUAAAAUAUAAUACAGUAGAUAUAUUUCAGUAAUUAGGUAUCAUAUAUUUAUUAGGAACGGUACCUUGGUACUUAUCUAUAAUAAUUUAUACUCCGAUGAUUUGAUAUAUACGGUAUAUUUUAUUGUUAAAGUUUCAAGGUGAUAUUUGAGCAAUAUAACUAAUAAAACAUCAACCUUAUAUAAACCAAAAUUAUAUAAAAAUACACAUUUUAUAACCAACUUACUUAUAUUAAUUAACCAUACUUAUGAAUCGUGUUGCUCUUCUCUAUGGCCCUCAUGCUAUUUAUAAGGUAACUUUUAUAUUUUUCACCUAAAAUAGUAAAAUGUAACUUAAAUACGUACAUAUCUUUUUGAGGUAAAGUACCUAUCAACUACCGAUUUUGUUUAAGAUAAAAUAAAUAAGUGUAAAAGCUUCUGUAUAAGUACGCAAUAUAUAUAUUGCUGUAUAGGUAUCUAUAGAUAUAUAACUUUUUAAUUUUAUUGAGAUCAAUUUUAAAAUGUGUGUAGGUAUCUACCAUUUAAUAAUUAUAUAGUCAAUCACGAUAUAUUCUAGUCAUGAUUUAUUUUGUUUAUUUGUUACCAAAUUGUUUAUAAUUUAUAUUAUAUUAUAUUUAUUAUUAUUAUUAUUAUUAUUAUUUAUUAUAUAUAAUUAUUACUUUAAUAUUUUAUAUGUGCCGUAAGUCUAAAAACAUAAGGAUAUUAAUUAACCUAUUAAAAUAUUAAACUUUUAACAACCAUUUUUAUAGUUGUAUUAGCUUAUUUAUCAAAAUAACUGUCUGCAUAAAUGUUUAAAAACUUUAAGCUGUAAGUUAAUAUUUCCUAUACAAAGUUUAAACGAU